AUGAGCACCGAGUGCAGGGCGGCGCCGAGCUGCGGCUCCCCGGCUCACCACAGCAGGUUCUGCCCUUUAGUUGUGAGCGGGAGUCGGAAGAAGUUCGGAGUUAAAAAGAUAAAUUACUUUUCUGCAGUUAGUAAUGGGUGGAAGAAACCGGACAAACAGUGCAGACAUGAAAUGAACAGUCCUCACUCAAACCAUCGCCAACAGAAUUCCACUCAGUGCACAUCGGAAUUGGACAAAGUUUAUGUGCAUAAUUAUAACAAUGUCAUGGAAAAAGGGUUUUCAAAAAAUGAUAAUUUGCUGCAGAAAUUAAAAAAGACCAAGGAAUCAUACACAAUCCUGAUUGAACAGCUGGAGGAUAUGAGCAUGAUGCAAAACGGAAGAUACAGGCAGGUUCAAUCGUCUCCAACAAAACCUGCUGAUGUCACAGUACCCAAACCAACAAUUUGCUGGAGUGAACAAGCUUCCAUUAUAAGUAACAGUUACAGAAUUUACUCAAGAGAGAGACUGGGAAAAUCCUCGAAACAAUAUUUAAUGAAUUCUAUAAAGGAGAAACUUGACAGCCUGAGCAACAGUCUUCCAACCUCAGCUCGAAAUAGAAGAGUGAACAGUGCUCCAAACUGCACUUCUAAAUCGACAGCCAACUGUUAUGAAGAAAAAGAAGCACUGGACAGAAAUUUCUCUUGUCCUUUGAUUUUGGAUAUUACUGAAAAUUAUACCACUCCAUCCGAUAGCACGUAUGACAAUGAUCCACCAGGAACCAAACAACCAUAUAAUGCUUUUCAAAAGAGCCAUUUGCAGCAGUUGAACUUAGUCCUCAGACCAGAGCUUAUGGAAACUGAAAAGAGAUCUUCCAGCUCCAGCCUUUACCCAGAAAAUGAUGUGUCUACCUACCCUGACAUUCUCCCAGCACCGUUUGUCAGUAUGAACUUUAGUGAAUUGAUGGAGAACCCUCAAUGGAAGACAUUUCUAUCUAUAAGACCAAAUGAACAAUUACAACGACUGAUAAAUCGCCUUACACAGAUGGAAAAGAUGCAGCUUAACACAAUAGAAAUUGAGAAGAGCAAAGUCACUGAGGCGUGGCUGUCCACUUCUGCUGGCACAUGUCCAGUAAAUAGGGUUAAAAUAAACAGAAAAUCUCAAAAUGAUCAUCUUACUCAUAUAACCUCAGCUCAUCCUGCUGAUUGCCUCAAGAAAUCUGCUAAUCACCCUAUCCAGGACCAGAAUUCACACCAUAUCGGGUCUUGGGAUUUGUGCAACUAUUCUCCAGAGCCUCGAGUAUUCAAAAGUCAACUUGGAAGUGAUUGGAAUGUUGAUGAGAACUUGAAUAGAGCCAUAUGUGUCUCUAACCAGUUAACAUUAGAAGAGCCAUUCGCAGGCUGUGCCAGUACUGAAGCCAUAGUAUUACAGAAGCCUAUCUCAAUCUAUGUCAGUCCUGAUAUCAUGGCUUUAGAAGAGCAUAACUCAACUUAUGCCAAUAGUGAAGCAUUAGGCGAUUCCACCUCAAGUUCCGACCAUAGUGACGUCAUAACAUUAGAAGGGUCCACCUCAAGUUGCGCCAGUACUGAAGUUUUAGUAUUACAAGAGUGCAUAUCAAGCUGUAGCAGUACUGAAACCAUAGCGUUGGAAAUGCCCAUCUCAAGCCAUGGAAGUACUAAAGCCAGAGCAUUAGAAGAGUCCACCUCAAGCUAUGGAAUUAGUAAAGCCAUAGCAUUAGAAGAACCAAUCUCAAACUAUGGCAGUAGUAAAGCCACGUCAGUCAAUGUGUCUAACUUGAGCGGUGACAGUGCUGAAGCUAUAGCAUUAAAGGAGUCUCUCUCAAGUAAUCCCAAUACUAAAGCCAUAGCAUCACAAAAGCCUAGCUUGAACUAUGAAAGUAGUGAAGGCACAAGUUUCAAAGAAUCCAUCUUAAACGGUGACAGUGCUGAAGCCAUAGCAUCCAAAGAGCCUCUGUCACAUUACAACAAUAUUGAAACCAUAGCAUUAGAAAACACAAUCUUGAGCUAUACCAGUACUGAAGCUAAAACAACACAUAUACCUGCCUGGAACUUUGAAACUAGAAAAGCCAAAACAGAAUAUAGAUUUGCCUGGAGCUAUUGGAGUACAGAUGUCAAAACAAGGUGUAGACCAGCCUGGAACUAUGGAAUUAAUGAAGCCAAAACAGAAGGUAGACCUUACGGAAGUACUGAAUCCCAAAAAGAUCAUAUGUCUGCCAGGAAUUUCGGAAGUGCUGAAUCCAAAAAAGAACAUAGACCCCCCGGGAAUUACAGAAGUACUGAGUCCCAAAAACAUAGACCUGCCUGGAAUUAUGGAAGUACUGAAUCCAAAAAAGAUUAUAGAUCUGCCUGGAAUUAUGGAAGUACUGAAUCCAAAAAAGAUUAUAGAUCUGCCUGGAGUUAUGGAAGUACUGAAUCCAAAAAAGAUAAUAGAUCUGCCUGGAAUUAUGCAAGUACUGAAUCCAAAAAAGAUCACAAACCUGCCUUGAGUUAUGGCAAAACAGAAGUCAAAACAGAAUGUAUACCUGCCUGUAGCAAUGGCAGUACAGAAGCUAAAACAACAGGUAGAACUGCCUGGAGCGGUGCUAAUACUCAAGUCACUACUGGAGUAAAACCUGUAAAAAGCCCAGCUUCAUUAAAAUCUUCAUGUUGUUCUGGGAAAGACAAAAAAAAACUAAAGAAAUCCAGAAAAAGGAACAACACACCGUUAGGGGAAAUAUUUUCUCAUAGAAGCAAAUCAAUAACCAAUUCUUCUAAUCAGAGAAAGAACAAACGCACCACAAAAAAGUAAUUUGUAUUAUUUCCUUAUGAAAUACAUCCAACACUUCAAAUAUAUUGAUAGAUUUCAGAAUAAAACUACUUUUUUACAAAAUUCUUUACCGUUAAACAAAACAUAUCUAGAUAGGAGUAGUUUUAGUACUGAUAAAGCUAUUAUUAAUAAAGUUUAGUAUGUUCAUGCAAAUAGAUAGAAUCUUAAGACUGGUGUUUGAGAUGGGCAGAAGAUUGAUUUUUUUCUGUAUUGACAAGAAACACACCUAUGAUACACAAUAUCUUUAAGGCACAACAGACUGAAAAAAUCGUAACUAUUUGAAGUGUACUGCAUUUCAAAACAAAGAUUAUAUCCCUUCAAUUUUGCCUAUGUUCAAUAUAGAAAUUUCUAAGUUAAAUAACAUUUGUUAAAUUGUAUUAUUACAUUACAGAACCUGUCUCCAUCAUUCAUGGGCUCUCUUUUGCCCAUUUC